AUGGGGGACGCAUUGCUGGGCUUUCUAAGCCAGUACGAGCUCAGCAGCCAGCCAGUACAAUGCCUGCAUCGGCUCGCCGCUUUGGGGCAUUCAAUUGAUCAUGUCGACCUGCCACGGCGCAAAGUUGCAGCAGUCGCAGUGCUGCUGUAUGCAGAUCAAGAAGACGAGCUCAGCGUGGUACUGACGACGAGAGCAAAGACGCUCAGAUCACAUCCUGGCGAGACCGCCUUACCUGGCGGGCGUCAAGACCCAGAGGAUGCCAGCAUACAAGUGACUGCAUUGCGAGAAGCCAACGAAGAAGUCGCUCUGCCAUUUGACCCGGAGAGGAUGCUCGCCUUGGCAACGUUGCCCGCGUUUGUCUCGCGCAAUUUGCUCUUUGUCAAGCCAGUGGUCUACCUGAUCGACGCUGCGCUUGUAGCCUUGCUCAAGCCAAACCCAGGCGAAGUGGAUGCCAUCUUUUCGUGCAAGCUCGCUGCAUUUUUGGGCAACGACAAAGAGGCAGGAGACGCGAUCCAGCUCGAGCAUAGUCAUAAUGACAUGAUCUGGCUACUCGACCGGCCUUUCCGAUUGCAUGCUUUCCGGCACACAAGCCUGCCAUCGGCUGUAACGGGCCUGACGGCAGAUAUCUUGAUCGCGACAGCGCUGUGCGCCUAUGAUGCAAAAUCGACGACGUUCGAACAGCGGCCAGCGGGCCAGCCAGACUGGCCAGAGAUGGUCGAAGCCGUUCUUGCCGGUCUGGCGGGAGCAGGGAAUGAUCAGCGGACUCGUAUGACCUAG